CGGCUAGAAGCCUGCACCAUUCGCCUGUAGUCGCGAUGAGUUUACCCCUCAAUCCCAAACCAUUUCUGAAUGGAUUAACGGGAAAGCCAGUGAUGGUGAAACUUAAAUGGGGAAUGGAGUACAAGGGCUACCUCGUAUCUGUAGAUGGCUAUAUGAACAUGCAGCUUGCAAAUACAGAAGAAUACAUAGAUGGAGCAUUGUCUGGACAUCUGGGUGAAGUUUUAAUAAGGUGUAAUAAUGUCCUUUAUAUCAGAGGUGUUGAAGAAGAGGAAGAAGAUGGGGAAAUGAGGGAAUAGCAUCUUUUGUGGGGAAUUCUUUUCUUAAAUAUAUAUAUUUGUAUUUGUAAACAAUAAACAUUUGUUUUUUUUCAACUUGA